AUGGACCCUUUGCUUGCAAUACAGUACAAGUCAUUCAUGUAUGAAUAUCUAGAAUUGGAUCACAUGGAACUUGUCGAUGAGUCCACUGAUCUCCCUACGUACUAUUUGCCACACCAUGCUGUGUUCAAAGCUGACAGCUCAACAACUAAGAUGAGAGUGUUGUUCAAUGGUUCAGCUGCUGCUUCAUUUGGUCUUUCAUUAAAUGAAAUAUUAUUAAAAGGCCUAAAGGUUCAACCAGAUAUCAUACAAAUACUGUGGCAUUUCGGUCUAUUUAAUAUACCCAUUACCGCAGAAGUAGCAAAAAUGUACAGGCAGGUUUUGAUGUCCUUUGAUGAUAGUGAAUGGCAACGAAUUUUAUAUAGAGCUAGUCCUGAUCCACCGUUAAAACAUUAUAAGCUAAAAACAGUUACAUUCGGCACUAAAUCAGCGUCAUUUCUGGCUACUCGCUGUACAACUUGCCGAUGA